CUGAUUUUGUUCUUUUACAAGGUUUAACUUAUAGAUGACUGCAACUACUUCUACGCCUGACGUAUCGGUUGUCAACGAUACUUAUGACAAAGAGAAUGUGAUUCCCAGAACGCCAACAAAAAGAAAGUCGUAUUCGAUUUUGAGUCCAAUCAACAAUGGCGUGAACAAGAUUGAAACCUUGCCAAAUAAAGAGAGGUUGAUCAGUGAAUCUACCGGAUUAAUCAAGUUGAAUUUGUCUCCCAAUAGGUCUAGUCCCAGGAAACCAAUUAGCAAGAAUGAAGGAUUGCCGGUGUUCAUUCCAUCCAAGGUGGAAGAGGAAGUGAAAAAUGAAACCAAACAAGAUUUAUUGGUGAAGUAUGCUAAUAAACAACAAGAAUUAAUCGAGUUGGAGAAGAAAGUCGAAGAAGUUAAGUUUAGCUUAUUGGAGAUUACCCAAAAUUUGAAAAAUCAUGAAUUUAAUGAAAAUAAACCUACUAACGUAAUUGAAAAUCAAUUCAGAUCAAUUACGAAGAAAGCAUCAAAAAUGUUUAAUAAUCAACCUCAAGUAGAAGAUUUUGAAAAUAAAUUUAAAAAUUUAACUAAAAAGGCAUCAAAUAUUUUUGAAAGCCCAAUAAAGAAUCAAAAUUUCUUUAAAACACCUUCGAAAACCAAUUUAAAUAGCUUUUUCGAUGACAUCAAGUAUAAAUUUGAUCAGCAACAACAAGAAUUGAACCAAUUUAAUAAAAAAACUUCAAAAUUGGUUAAUGGGUUUAUAUCAAACAUGUCAUCUCCACGAAAAUCUUUACAAGAAGAAGACGUAAUUGAUAGCUCUUUUAACUUUGAAAACAUUGGACCCGAUCAAAACGGCGCAUAUCCUACCAUUGGAAGAAAAGUUUAUCAUGGUGAACAGGCCAGUGUUUUAAAUUCGAGUAUAUUAUUAAGUGAAUCUGAUGACCAGUCUAGUCUUCUUGAAGAGGAAGAUAAUGCCAUCGUUGAUAUUGAUGAUUACAAUAGUAGUUUUGAAGAAUGAAUAUAUUUAUUAAUAUCGUAAUACAUAAAUUUUAUUUUAAUAGUGAAAAACAUCUAUAUAAAAUAAAUAGUAAUGAAUAAAUUUUUUGUUCUAUGAAU